AUCGUGAAAAAGAGAAGAGAAAUGGGAAGAGCUCCUUGCUGUGACAAGGCAAAUGUGAAGAGAGGGCCAUGGUCACCUGAAGAGGACACAAAGCUGAAAGAGUACAUAGACAAGCAUGGAACUGGUGGAAACUGGAUCGCUCUUCCUCACAAAGCUGGUCUAAAGAGGUGUGGAAAAAGUUGUAGAUUGAGAUGGCUUAACUAUUUGAGGCCUAACAUUAAGCAUGGUGAAUUCUCCGACGAGGAAGACAGAAUAAUCUGCAGUCUUUAUGCCAAUAUUGGAAGCAGAUGGUCAAUUAUAGCAGCACAGUUGCCAGGAAGGACUGACAAUGAUAUCAAGAACUAUUGGAACACCAAGCUCAAGAAGAAGCUCAUGGCUUUGCUUCCGACUCAUCAUCAUAAUCAACAAAACCCACCACCAUUCUUUCCCUACUCUUCUUCUUCUUCUUCUCUUCACAUGACAACAGAUAAUAAUAAUAAUAAUCAUCAUCACUACUACUAUUACAACACUACUACUACUACUACUACUACUACUCCACCAAGCAUGUCUUUCACUACUACUGCUCCUCCUCCUUCAACUAGUACUAAUUAUUAUAAUUACAAUACCACCAUUGCAACAUCAGCAAUAAUGUCUAGUCUCCCUUUCUACCAAAACCAACAACAAGAGCAGCAGCAAGCAUUGAUGAGCCCCAUGCAACAGUAUUACCCUAUGUUUGGGAGUGAAGGGAGUUGCAGUUCAUCUGAUGGGAGCUGUAGCCAUGGUGGGAGGGAGAUGAAGAAAGAAGAAAUGGGGUUUCAUCAUCAUCACAUGUUUCAUCAUCAUGAAGAGCAGCAGCAGCAGCCUAUGGUGGUUGAUGAUGAUGGUAUUAAUAAUAAUAACCAGUGGACAGAGAAGCUAGACAAGUGGCUGUUCCAAACGGCAAACCCAUUGGACUAUGAUUUAGAGGUGAUUAAACAACUUGUUAUUAGCAGCAGCAGCAAUGAUGGGUUGUUCAGUGUUGAUGAAAACAAGACCAUACAAGAGAGCAAGCCCAUCAUCUACAAUUACAAGUACUCUGACUGAUGAUGAGUAGUGUAGUAGGCUAGGGAAGAUGAACAACAAAAACAAAGGACUCAUGAGGUUGCUUUUGGGGUUUUGUGUUGUGUUUCAAUGAACUCACAUUCAUUAUUGCAUUGUGAAUUCUGAGUUGUGACAGUACAUGGUAAUGUCUUCUUUAUAUUUUCUGCACUACUCUUAUUAUUAUUAGCUUACAUUUUCUUUUUUUUUUGUAACUAUUUCAUCCCCAUCCAUUAGCUAGAGACAUUUAUAUGUUCUUAUUGUUGUUAUCUAAGAAAAAUGUUAAUGCCUCAUUUUGAUUUAUUAGAAU